GGUGCGAAAAAUCUUCAAAUAAUGGGCUUAAAAAAAAGUCAGUUCCUAAACUGACCAUAUAAGUUUUUCUCUGAUGACUCCAGAGCCAGUGCUUAAGACAAGACCUAUGAUCAGGGUGGUUCUUGCUCCCCAGUCCACUGAGGAAUCUGCUGUACCGGGUAUCUAAAGACUAUGUCUCUGCUCCUGAGGAGUAACAGCACCUACAAGCCAGAUGAUGGUGCCACGCUACAGUAUGCGCCAGAAAUCAUUGGUUCCUUAAUUAUCUUCAUUGUCACCUUUAUCCUGGGUCUCCUGGGCAAUAGCUUGGUGAUCUGGGUGGCUGGCCUGAAAAUGAAGCGGACCGUGAACACUGUGUGGUUCCUGCACCUUGCCAUGGCUGACUUCCUGUGCUGCAUGUCUCUGCCAUUCUCCAUCAUUCACCUGAUCCUCCAUGAGUACUGGCCAUAUGGCCACUUCCUCUGCAAGGUUAUCCCAUCAGCCAUCAUCCUCAACAUGUUUGCCAGUGUCUUUCUCCUCACUGCCAUCAGCACUGACCGGUGCUUAAUGGUAAUGAAGCCAGUUUGGUGUCAGAACCACCGUACUGUGAGGCUUGCAUCAGUGAUGUGCGGUUGUAUCUGGCUCCUGGCCUUUGUUAUGUGCUGUCCUGCCUUCCUCUACCAUGAGACCUUCACAGAUGAAUUCGGCAAAACUGUGUGUCGUUAUCAAUUUGGAGAUGAUAGGGAUUAUGGACGUUAUAUGGAUUACGAGAAUGGGAAUGAUUCAGCGUUGAGCUCUGGCAUAUCCCUAGAUGAAAAUCCUGUUGGUUUCUCCAGUACUGAUAUUCCUGGCAGCCUUUACAAUGAUACUGACUCACUGUGGAACUUGAAUGAUUACUUCUCCUACAGCAGUCGGCCAACCACCCUACUGACCAUCAGGAUUACCAGGAUUGUUUUUGGCUUCCUCCUUCCCUUUAGCAUAAUUGCAGCUUGCUACAUUCUUAUUGCCGUCAAGAUGCAUGGAGCCCGAUUUACCAAACCCCGUGGUAAGACCCUGCGAGUGAUCCUGGUUGUGGUAGUAGCAUUCUUUGUCUGCUGGGCUCCAUUUCACGCAGUUGAGGCACUGUCUCUCCUAGCUAUGCCAGGCACCAGAUUUAGGGAGACAGUGGCACUGUGGGACCACCUCUCUACAGCACUAGCCUAUGCCAACAGCUGCAUCAACCCUUUGCUCUACGUAUUUGUGGGGCGGGACUUCAGGCGGAAGGCACGCCGAUCAGUGCAGGGCAUCUUGGAGGUCGCCUUCAGAGAGGAAGUUAUACGCUCCACUUGCUACUCACGGGACAGGACCAAGACUUCAGCAGACAGGGAUAUCAGCAGCAAUACCCUCUAAAAUGGGGAUUCCAGACAGCACUGCCAGGGCAGGAGGAAGACAUUUGCCCCUUCCAUGGCUGUGACUUUUUGCUUGAGGACAGCAGAGCCAGAACAAUGAGUUUGACAAUAAUCUGUACGGGAUGCCCAUGGGGACUGGGGCAGUUCAGAACAGGCCAACCUCCCCUUUAAUAGCCUCCUAAAGAGAGGGGAGAUUGGCCUAUUCUGAACUGAAUCUUCUGAUGGGACACACAAGGGAGGCAGAGAGCCCCCUAUCUGAGAGAGAGAAGUGCACUUGUGAGAAGAUGUGUGGUGAAAUUAUGUAGUUACUCCUUGACAUUACUAAAUAAGAAUGUGGUUGCAGAAUAUCUAUGUACCACAUUUAUUAAGGAUGUAUCACAUCAUCUGUGCCUGCUAAAUUACAGGGAGAAGAUACUUUGA